UUUUUAUUUUUAUUUUUGAUGAAUUCAGAGAAUGUUGAUUCACCAAAGAAAAGUUCUACCUAUUUUGUUGGUAUUAUAUUUGCUUCUGAGUUACGACGGAGUUCAAGGAGAAAUGAGGUUGUCCAAAUUAGAGGAAUUAUCAUUGGAAAAGCAACUUAAACUAUUGAACAAACCAACAGUAAAAACAAUUAAGAUGAAAUCCACUUUAUCGACGAUGAAGCAAAUUUCAAGUAACUCAACCAUUGAUAUUUCAUGGACUUGGCUCAAGACCGAUAGUUGUCCUUCUGGAACUGUUCCCAUCAAAAAAAUUACCAAAGAUAAUCUUAUUAGACAAAGACGUAUGCCACCACCAGAGGAUACGAACAUCAUUCAUGCUAAACAAGAGGAUUCAGGUGUCGAAGGUACACAAACUAGUGCGUGUCGAUUGAAGAUUCAAAAAGGACAAGAUAGUGUGCAAGUUGGUCGGAGAGUAGAUCGAACAUUAUACGGGGAUAUUAAAACUAGAUUUUUUAUACACUUCCAAGUUGGAAAUAAACUUUGUUACAAUACACUAUGUCCCGGCUUUGUAGUAACAAACAGAUGGUUAAUUCUUGGUAGAGUAUUCCGAGAUGUUGCACAUCGAGGGGGUAAUACUAAUUGGGAACUUAUUAUGUCCAUCGAUCGGGAUGCAAAAGGAAAUUGGUGGCUUUUAGUUGGUGAAAGGAUGGAAGUUGGUUUUUGGCCUCGAAAGAUUUUCACUGCAUUAGCAAAGGACUUUUCUGAGAAUAUUGAAUGGGGAGGAUCGGUAUAUAGUCCAUCAAAUAUACUUUUUCCUCAAAUGGGCUCUGGCUUUUUACCUAAAAUUCCAGAUCAUAAGUUUGAUGCUUAUUGGCGAGCACUUACAUUUUCAAAUGAUAAAGGUAAAAAAAUAAAUGCAGAAAAUACACCUAUACUUCUUGAUAGUCCAUCAUUGUUCUAUGUCAUUGAUAAACCAGAUUGGGGACAUCAACAAUAUCCACUUUACAUGUUUUAUGGGGGACCUAAUCAAGAUAAACUUAUGUAGAAUUGUUGUAAUUAUGAUAUAUCUUUG